CCCGAACGUGUUGACGCUGUGGGCCUCCACGCGCUGGCUGCCCCGCGGCUCUUGCAGACACCUGCGCUCUAGGUCGCCGGGUUGGCCAGCUCUUCUCCCGGGGAGGGUAUCAGGCCGGUUGGCGCCCGGUGCGGGCUGUGAAUGUCGGACGCUUAGGCUCACUCGUCGCCGAAAUAGGAGGCGUGCGUAGAAGGAGGGCUCGAGUUAUUUAUGCCUAGGUCCUGGGACAGGAUAGGAAGGACCCCUGAGUGGUGAGGUUGGUUUUUUAAAAACUUCUCUUUUGUUAAUAAGUUUCUCUUCCUCUCCCCAACCCUCGACCAUCUAUCUGUCAUGGACCUCGCCAAGACCUGCUCCAGCUUCCAGUCGGACCUAGAUUUCUGCCCAGACUGCGGCUCGGUUCUACCUCUGCCCGGGACUCAGGAUACGGUCAUUUGUACUCGCUGUGGCUUCUCCAUCAACGUGCGGGACUUCGAAGGGAAGGUUGUGAAGACCUCAUUUGUGUUCCACAAACUGGGAACAGCCGUGCCUAUGUCGGUGGAAGAAGGACCAGAGUUCCAGGGGCCCGUGGUUGACAGACGCUGCUCUCGAUGUGGUCAUGAAGGAAUGGCAUACCACACCAGACAAAUGCGCUCAGCUGACGAAGGGCAGACUGUCUUCUACACCUGUACCAACUGCAAGUUCCAGGAGAAGGAAGACUCGUGAUCUUUUUUCUUAGCUACUCAGCAAUGCCUCCCUCUCCUAUUCCUUGGAAGGUGGAUACUAGGUCUUUAGGUCUCCUGUCCAUCCCCUCUGGUUGUAAUGUCUUGUUCCCAGAAGGAGUAUCAGAUCCUUGUGUGGAGAUUGCCAUUGUCCUCGGAGCACUCCUACUCCUAGUAGAGUUUCCUUAAAGUUAUAUUUCUCUGUAAGAAUAUGUCAUUUACAAUCUGCUUUGCUGCCACAGGAAUUUAAACGAGCUAACAGAGAUAUAUUUGUCCUUUCAGCAAAUAUAUCAACUGCAAAAGAUAAUAUAAAUUAGUAGUAUGUGAGAAAGAAAAAGGAGGAGAAAAAAUUAAGAGCCAGAAAUGAUAGUAAUAUAAAAAAGCAAUUAUAAAAAUCCUCACCUUCCAAAUCUAUUUGAUUACUGAGUUUAGGAAAACAAAAAGUGGAAGUUUGGAUAGUGAGAAUUCAACUGAAAAUUUAACCAAAUCUAUUUGGUAUAUAAGUUUCAACAACAAAAAAUUCUGAUACCAAGGGAUACCAGCACAUCUUUACUACAGGUGAACAGGAAAUUACUUAAACGGUAAUUGUGGUCUUUUAAUUGCUCUUGAAGUAAAUGUAAUAUAUAUAUUCUUUGUAAUAGAUUCACAUAUAGAAAGGAAGAAAGAAAUAAAGUACAAAGCAUGGGGAAUCCCACUAUUCAGAGAUAACCAAAUGAUAUAUAUGUGUGUGAACAUAUAUAUAUUUAAUGGGUCUUACUACACAUGCUGAACCAUAUUUUGCUUUUUCAGUUUGAACCAAAAAUUUACAAAGGAAAUAAGAGUCCAGAAACAAUAAACAUUUUCAAAUUUUA